AUGAUAGAGGUAUCAAGAAACAAAUAGAUUGACAAAGUAAAACUUAGUCUUGAUUCUGACAAUUUCAAUUAUUUCUUGGCCCAAUCUUUAAAUAAAGUGACAAGUCAUCGUUCUUUGUAACAAUUAGCAAAGACUCUUGCUGAUAACUUUAUCUAGAAUCAAUUAGAAAUUCGCAACAAAUCCAAUUAAUAGCGUCAACGAUAAAAUGCUCUUCCAUAGAUCAUUAGACGAUCAUAAUAAUCAAUUAAAGUUACACCAAAACCUCCUCCUCGUAUUGAACCUAGACCAAUUUAGAUUCCUUUAAAUAAAGUUCCAUUUAUUAUUCUUGAACCUUAAUAUUCAUAUCUCUUAGGUGGAGGUAAUAAUCAUGAACUCAUUAAACGUAUCAUGGAUACAAGAAGAGAAUGGCAUCAAUGUAAAAGUACAACAAGAGUUCAUUUCAGAUGGUAAUAAUCUAAUAUAGGUUACAAAUAUUACAAAAUGAAUGCCUACAAUCCACAUAGAUCAUUAGUCAAUCAUUUUGAAUUUCAUUAAGAAAUUAGUAAUAAAAAGAAUCUACUCUUGAAUAUGACAAGUUUUUGUGAAUCUAUUCAUAGAAAUGUUUUUGACAUUCUUCCUGUAACUUUUGUCAUUGAUUUCAAUGAUUCAUAAAUUGAAUCUCAUCUUAUUGCCUUUCUUAAUUAUUAUAAUCAAUAUUCUACUAAUCCUAAAUCUUAAGAAGAACUCUUACUUAAAAAACAAGAAAUUAAAAAGAAACUUCGAAUUCCACCAAGUAAAGAAAGGAGAUUUAUUGAUUAUUAAAUGAGAGAUACUUUUUUAGGAGAUGAUUAUUUAUGGUUACUCAAACCUACAGGAUUAAAUAGAGGUAGAGGUAUUAAUGUCUUUAAUAAUCUUGAUCAGUUUGCUGAUUUACUCAUUGAAUAUACUUCAGGAGUAAGUGAAAAACAUAUAGAAACUCCUAAUGAAAAGAUUUAUCAAGGAAUGAUUAUUAAAUCUCCUUCAUUUGUAGUAUAAAAGUAUAUUGAAAAACCUUUGUUAAUAAAUAAUCGUAAAUUUGAUAUUAGAGUUUGGGUAUUGAUUGAUUAAGACUUAAAUUGUUAUUUCUUUAAGUAUUCUAUAAAAUAUUAAUAAUAGAGAAGGAUACAUAAGGACUGCAUCUGAAGAGUUUGUAACAAAUGAUGUAAAUAAUUUGUUCAUUCAUUUAACAAAUAAUGCUAUUCAGAAAUAUAGUCAGAAAUACGGUGAUUAAGAGGCAGGAAAUUAAUUAUCUUUUGAUUAGAUAUAGAAAAUCUUUAAGAAUAAGAUUGAUUUUAGAUAAACAAUAGUGAAAAAGAUGAAGGAGACAGCAUUUUUGGUAAUGAGUUCAGUAGGGAAUAAAAUAAAUCGUAAUAAUCGCAAAAAUUGUAUGGAAAUCUUUGGAUUUGAUUAUUUUUUGGAUGAGAAGUUCAAUCUAUAUUUGAUUGAAGUUAAUACAAAUCCAUGUAUAGAGGAAUCAAGUCCUUUGUUGAGUCAAUUGAUUCCUAGAAUGUUAGAUGAUGCUUAUAUUUUGACCUUAGAUUCGAUAUUUAGUAUAUAAAGAGAGAAAGUGAGUCGUUUUCCAGUAUUUGGUUACUAGAAUAAUGAGAAUAUGUGGUAAUAGAUGUUUAUAUUAUAUAGGUAAUUGUUAGGAUCGUUAAAAGAUUAAGUUAUUUACUAAUGA